UCCUACCCGUGGGGAGUUUCCGCCAUAUUUGAAAAUCGGGAAAGCUCGGGGCCAAGUGAAGUUGCCGCUGGGAUGGCAGCCUUUGCGGUGGAACCUCAGGCGGCCGCGCUGGGAUCUGAACCAAUGAUGCUGGGUUCACCCACAUCUCCAAAGCCAGGGAUUAAUGCUCAGUUCUUACCAGGAUUUUUAAUGGGGGACUUGCCAGCUCCAGUGACACCACAACCUAGAUCAAUUAGUGGCCCUUCAGUAGGAGUAAUGGAAAUGAGAUCCCCUUUACUUGCAGGUGGAUCACCCCCACAACCAGUUGUACCAGCUCAUAAAGAUAAAAGUGGAGCUCCACCAGUUAGAAGUAUAUAUGAUGACAUUUCCAGCCCAGGACUUGGAUCAACACCUUUAACCUUGAGAAAACAGCCAAACAUUUCAGUAAUGCAGAGUCCUCUUGGUGCUAUGACAACUACUCCUGGAACAGGACAAAGUGUGUUUAGUCCAGCAAACAUUGGUCAACCACGAAAGACAACAUUAUCUCCUGCCCAGUUGGAUCCUUUUUAUACUCAAGGAGAUUCUCUGACUUCUGAAGACCAUCUUGAUGACACUUGGGUGACUGUAUUUGGGUUUCCUCAAGCAUCCGCUUCUUAUAUAUUAUUACAAUUUGCGCAAUAUGGGAAUGUCUUAAAACAUGUGAUGUCUAACACCGGAAAUUGGAUGCACAUUCGUUAUCAGUCUAAACUGCAGGCCCGGAAAGCCUUAAGCAAAGAUGGGAGGAUUUUUGGAGAGUCCAUAAUGAUUGGUGUGAAACCAUGUAUAGAUAAAAGUGUUAUGGAAAAUGGUGACAGGUGUGCUUUACCAUCUCCAUCUCUAGCCUUUACACCACCAAUCAGAACCUUAGGUACACCAACCCAACCUGGAAAUACUCCUAGGAUUUCUACAAUGAGACCUCUGGCUACAGCAUAUAAAGCUUCUACUAGUGACUAUCAGGUUAUUUCUGACAGACAAACACCAAAAAAAGAUGAAAGUCUUGUAUCGAAAGCAAUGGAUUACAUGUUCGGCUGGUAGUAUAGUAAGAGCUAAGAACUCAGACAACAGAGGAGGAGGCUGCUACACUAAAACAGAGUUAACAGAGUACUGCUGGGUUUCAUUUGGUUAGUUAUAUAACCACUCUUGGAAGUAUUGGAUAGCUAUCUCCCAUCCUUUAGAAGCCCUUUUCUUCAAGUAUAUAGCAUAUUUGUAGCUCGCACUUUAAAAGAUGCUUGAUAGACAUUUUAAAGAAACAAAUUCCUUUGAAUAGGACUUUGUGCUUUCUGUGAUAGUGCAUGCUUAAGCACAAAAAAAUGCAACAUUGAUUACUGUAAGUGAUAUAAUUGAAUUUGUGGUGAGGCUUGGUAGUCUUCAUGAGUGGGUGGGGUGAUUUCAUGAAGAGUACAUGUGCAGUUACCUAUAUUAAGACACAAAUAUUAUAAUUACCAAUUUGGAUUAUGGUCUUUUAACUUAGGUGGUAUUUAAUAUUUUAAUUAUCCUUGUUUGUAUAUGUCCUAUAGUGGAUUGUCAACUUUUCAGUAUUCUAAAACCAAAAUAGUCUUUUUAAAAACCUACUAAAAUUUCUUGAUAAUAAAUUCUGUCAAUUAUAUAUAUAUUGAACAUAUUUGUAGUGAUUAUUUUUUUAUUUUAUUAUUACAAAUAUUCAGUGUUUGCUGAAAUAGAGAAAAUAUGCCAUGAACCUCCGUAAACCUGUAAUCCAGCUUUAAUGAUCAUAUAACCAUUAGUAUUUUGCCAUACUUGUUUCUUCUCCCCCUGUUUUGUUUAAGGCAUAUCUCAGAUGUGAUGUCAUUUUAAUCUAAAUACUUGUGGAUGUAGCAAAAAAGAACAUUUCAUAUGUAAUUACAAUGUCAGUAUCACACUUAACAGAAUUAACAAUUUCUUCAUAUCUAAUAUGCAGUCCAUUUUUAAAUUUCCCAAAUAUCUCCAACAAAUGUAUUCACCAUUGAUUUGUUUGAAUCACUGAGUAGACUAGGUAUACUUCCUAUAUUUGGUAGUUUUUUGGAAUAUCUUGAGAGUUAGUUCCCCUCCUUUUUUCCAUUGUCCAACACAGAUGACUUGUUGAAACAAUCAUGUGUGUUGCUAUAGAGUGUCCCACAGACUGAGUUUGAUUGCUAUCUUGUGUAACUUGUUUUAUCCCAUAUCCUAGAAGUUAGAUCCAGAGAGGAUUAAUUAGAUUCUGAUUUCAUUUUUUUGGAGAAGAGUACUUGAUAGUAGUAGUAUACAUGUUAUAUUAAACCAAGAGACAUUUAAUUCUGUUUUUCUUCUUCUUCUGUUUUUAACAGCAUGCAUUAAUGAUACUUGCCUGAAUCAGUUAUUUCUAAGGUUUGCAGAAUGACGAUUUUCCAUUUACUAGCUGGAAUUCUUCCAUGUAGAAGAGCGUUGCUCUAUCCACUAGGGUUAAUUUCUUCAUCAUGGAAUACAUUCAUAUCAGAAUUGGAGGAUAAAUAUCUAAUCAUUUCCCUCUCAGUUUUUAGAGUAAUUUGGUGCCCUGGAAACUUCCACUGAUGUCCUAUGAAUUAAAAAUUUUUUAUCCCUUAGUAUCACUAUGUAUUUACAGCUCUUUUUUUUCUUUAUUUACUGUUUCAGUCACUUGCAGUCAUUAAUCUUUUGUUCACAUUAUCCCCCUAGGCCAGUGAGACCCUCAUCAAGCUGGCUUUUAUGUGAAAAGGAUGUUUUUAAUUAAAAUAUUUCACUAUAGUACAUGCAUUUAAUAAAUUUGUAUCUUGUUUUUAA